AGCGGAAAUGCGUCACAGGGGCGGGCGGCGGCGACGGCGGGUGGCGUCGGGGGCGCCUCCGGCGGACCGUGGGGGCGCCGGGCGGAGAGGCCGCGGCUGCCGGGGUCGUUGGGGGACGGCGGUGAGCUCGGGCCUGAGCGGCGGUGGCCGGGGGCGCAGGCGGAGCCCCGCGCCGGCCCAAGGCCCCGGCUAUGGCAGCGGCUACCAUAGUGCACGACACGUCGGAGGCGGUGGAGCUCUGCCCGCCGUACGGCCUGUACCUGAAGCCCAUCACCAAGAUGACCAUCAGUGUGGCGCUCCCGCAGCUGAAGCAGCCCGGGAAGUCCAUCUCCAACUGGGAGGUGAUGGAAAGGCUGAAGGGCAUGGUGCACAACCACCAGUUCUCCACGCUGCGCAUCUCCAAGAGCACCAUGGACUUCAUCCGCUUUGAGGGUGAGGUGGAGAAUAAGAGCCUGGUCAAGUCCUUCCUGGCCUGCCUAGACGGCAAGACCAUCAAGCUCAGUGGCUUCUCCGACAUCCUCAAGGUGCGCGCCGCCGAGUUCAAGAUCGAUUUCCCCACCCGCCACGACUGGGACUCCUUCUUCCGUGACGCCAAGGACAUGAAUGAGACGCUGCCGGGGGAGCGGCCAGACACCAUCCACCUGGAGGGCCUGCCCUGCAAGUGGUUCGCCCUUAAGGAGUCAGGCUCCGAGAAGCCCAGUGAGGAGGUUCUGGUCAAGGUGUUCGAGAAGUUCGGGGAGAUCCGCAACGUGGACAUCCCCAUGCUGGACCCCUACCGGGAAGAGAUGACUGGCCGCAACUUCCACACCUUCAGUUUCGGGGGACACUUGAACUUCGAGGCCUACGUGCAGUACCGCGAGUAUGUGGGCUUCAUCCAGGCCAUGAGCGCCCUGCGCGGGAUGAAGCUCAUGUACAAGGGUGAGGACGGCAAGGCCGUGGCCUGCAACAUCAAGGUUUCCUUCGACUCCACCAAACACCUGAGUGACGCCUCCAUUAAGAAACGGCAGCUCGAGAGGCAGAAGCUUCAGGAGCUGGAACAGCAGAGAGAAGAACAAAAGCGUCGAGAGAAGGAGGCCGAGGAGAGGCAGCGAGCGGAGGAACGGAAGCAGAAGGAGCUAGAAGAGCUGGAGAGAGAGAGGAAGCGAGAAGAGAAGCUGCGCAAGAGGGAGCAGAAACAGAGGGACCGCGAGUUCCGCCGGAACCAGAAGAAGCUGGAGAAGCUACAGGCGGAGGAGCAGAAGAAGCUGCAGGAGAAGAUCCGGCUGGAGGAGCGCAAGCUGCUGCUGGCUCAGCGCAACCUGCAGUCCAUCCGGCUCAUCGCUGAGCUGCUGAGCAGAGCCAAGGCAGUGAAACUGCAGGAGCAGGAGCGGAAGGAGGAGACGCUGAGGCUGCAGCAGCUGGAGGAGAGGCGGCGGCUGCAGGAGGCCGAGCUGCGGCGUGUGGAGGAGGAGAAGGAGCGGGCCCUGGGGCUGCAGCGCAAGGAGAGGGAGCUGCGGGAGCGCCUGCUGAGCAUCCUGCUGAGCAAGAAGGCCGACGACCCGCACACGCAGGAUGAGCUCGGGGUCUCCCACGCGGACUUGCUGCAGCCCGUGCUGGAUAUCCUGCAGACCGUGUCGGCCAGCUGCGUGGGCGCUGCCUCCCUGCAUCCCCUUGUGGGCCAGCCCCCCCCCAGCACCCCGAAGGAGACCCCGCCCCGGCUGGAGACCGACAGCACGCCAAAAAAUGUGAACGGGAGCGUGGCCGAGGGGGCCCAGUGCAAGGAAAGCCUGAAUUCUCGUCUUGCCGCCGCAGGUGACAGCUCCCCUGACAAGAGGUGCCCCGGUGUCCUCUCCUGCAUUCCCGACAACAACCAGCAGCCCAAGGGCUUGCCCGCCGCCGCCGCCACCGCCUGUGACCAGAGCGUGCCCAAAAAGGACAUCCGUUCUGAGCAAGACAAGUGCAACCGCGAGCCCAGCGGGGGCCGAGGCCGGGCCAGCGGGGGCCGGGGGGAGGACGACAGACACAAGCGAGAGAGGAGCCGGCCGCGGCGGGCUGGCAGUCGGGAGGACGGGAGGCAGGGACGGAAGGAGCGGCGGCAGCACAAGAAGCACUCACGCCAGGAUGACAGCCCCCAGCGGCGGAGCGUGAGCCCCGACCACAGCCGGUCUCGGAGAUCCCACAGCAGAGAGCGGUCCAGCCGGAGGGAGAGGAGCCGAGACCGCAGGGGCGGCUCGGGCAGGAAGCGUAGCCGCCAUGGCCACGGUGACCGAGACAGGUCACGCUCAGGGUCCCCCAGCCGGCACCGCAGCGCAUGGAACAGGUAA